CGCGCGCCCACAGAUGUGCGCACGCGUAGUCAUUUUGAUCCCGGAAGACGGUUUGUUUUGGUUUUUACAAUAACGUGACCUGUAUUUGUCCACAUGCAGGGCUACAUUGACUGUCAUUGUCACAUCUCCGCGGGGGAUUUUGACAAGGACUUGGAGGAUGUGAUUGAACGUUCCAAACAGGCCGGACUGUUGGCGCUCUUAGCUGUGGCAGAACAUGCAGGGGAAUUUGAAAAGAUUAUUUCAUUGUCACACAGGUUUCCAGGUUUUAUUUUCCCCUGCUUAGGAGUCCAUCCAGUUCAAGAAGUUUCCCCAGAGCAACAGAGAGGUGCUUCUCUCCAGGAUCUCGAUGCUGCUCUCCCCAUCAUAGAGAAAUACAAAGACCACCUUGUGGCUAUUGGGGAGGUUGGUUUGGAUUUUACACCCAGAUUUGUCAACAAUGAGACUGAUAAAGACAGUCAAAGGCAGGUCCUCAUUCGCCAAGCACAGAUAGCUAAGCAGCUGGAUCUCCCUCUAAAUGUUCAUUCACGGUCGGCAGGGAGACCGACCAUCCAUCUUCUCAAAGAACAAGGUGUCGAGAAAGCCCUGCUUCACGCUUUUGAUGGGAAACCGUCUGUUGCCAUGGAGGGAGUGAAGGCUGGAUAUUUCUUUUCUAUUCCACCUUCCAUAGUACGGAGUGAACAGAAGCAGAAACUUGUAAAACAACUGCCAUUAGAAAACAUAUGUCUGGAAACGGAUUCACCUGCUUUGGGUCCAGAAAAGCAGGUGAGAAAUGAGCCCCAAAACAUCCCCAUCUCUGCUGAGUACAUUAGUAAAAUCAAAGGGGUGUCACUGGAGAAGGUGAUGGAGGUGACGACGCAGAACGCCCUUCGACUCUUCCCCAAGAUAAAGUCAGUCAUCAGACCCUGACGCGGCCUUAAAGCUUCCUGUCACUGCUGUCAUCCAUUUCAGUGUGAACGUGGGAUUUAAUCAUGUCGUGUCAACAAACAAACAGAUUCAUGAUAUCCUUACACAAAUAAAGAUGAGAUAACAUUUUGAACACAAGACUGCUGUAUUUUCCCCAUGUACGCUACAUGUGAGUCAUCCAGCCGUUCACUCUGUCACGUAACAACAGCUACUCACUGACAACAUUCAUGCGAUAAUUUGUUUUAACGUAUCAUUGUGAGUAUUUUCAUAAAAUCUUUGACUGAGCAAAGCAGAGCAGUUAUACUAUUACCUUUGUCAUUUCCCCUGUCACUAUAAGUACUGAUUCCAACGUUGUUGCUCUUUAUAAUUAAAUAAUCGUGCAACGGAAUAUCAUGGACACAUGUACAGACACACAGAGUCUGAGUUGACUGUCUAGAACGAGACUUUAUCUCUGAGUGCUACCGGAUGCUGAAACAUGUUUUCUUUGUCAAAA